GCUGUCCUGAAGUCAUUAAGCUUGGGCCCUGGUUCCUCUUCAUGAGAGACUAGGGAGAUGGAAGACUUAAAAUCUGAGAAUAAAAAAAGGGUGCUUCCCGCAUGGAUGACAGCUCAGGUGGCUGAAAAGAGGACGGUGCAGGUGAAGACCCCCAAGAGGAGGAACAGCCAUGUGCCAGUGGCUACAGCAAGACUUCCUGCCAUGAGGACUGUUUACUGCAUGAAUGAAGCUGAAAUCAUAGACGUUGCUCUGGGGAUCCUGACUGAGGGCCGAAAACAGGAAAAGCUGUUGGAACAGCUGCCUCUGGCAGGCACUGAUAAGCCAGAGCACUCCCCAGCCAGCUCAGCGCUGCUGUCCCUGAGCAGAAGUGAGGACUGGGGGGAAGAUGGCCCUCCCCCGGGACCUGCGGAUUCUGACUCGGCUUGUGGCAGAGGCCUCGAGGAGGACCAGGAUGCGCUAAAAUACGUCAGAGAGAUAUUUUUCAGCUAA